GUCCAAAUCUCACUCUCAAUAAUAGUAUAGAAAUGCACGACCGAGCAAGGAGCGUGACAAUCUCUGAAGCAGUAACUGUUUCGAACAGGAGACACGCGUCCAGUAACUGGAACCUCCCACCAAAAGUAUUCCCCACUUUGGUUCUAAUGAGGUACAUACGUGUCACCUUUUUGUCUGAGUGCUCUAUACGUGUCCACAUGCUAAUUGGCUCUUACGUGCACACCAAUCAGAGCAACCAAUUUCCCUGGAUACGCUGCUUUAUCAUGGGACCCACCUAAUCCCUGUCCACCAAUCAUAACUCUUCACUACUCUACGUUUGCCCUAGACACGUGGCUUUCCUUCACCCCAAUCACUGUGCUGUAACUAUGAUAAUCCGCUCGGCCACCGGUCAAAUGUUAUUCUUUCGGUCUAAAAAAAGCUCCUCCAGAAAGCUCCUCAGCUGUGAUGGACGGUGGAAAUGAUUGGCCCGCCGCUAGAUACGCCGGUGGACCGCAGGAUACAACGAUAAUGAACCGGAUAAUGCUAAGAUUCCGACCAAUCGCACCUAAACCGGUCGCCGGGGGUUCAUCUCCUGGUUCAACACCGGAAGGAAACAAGAUAGAACUUGUUACUAAACGAAGAGUCAAAAGAAAGUACGUUAGAGUUAAGAAAAAUAGCAAGUGCAAAAGUAACAAAGAAGAAGGAGAAAAGGACGGAUCCUUACAGUUUACUGAUAGUAAAACUGUUUUAACCCUUCAGUUGAUGCCUGAAAGCAGUAUCAGCGUUAAGAACUCUCUAGAAAAUAUCGGAUCUAGACCUUUUUGGAUGAAUUUUCAGAAAUCGGAGAAUAACGAUGUUUUAACAGUAGGAUCAGUGGAUCGGAUAGAUCGGACUGUGGAGAUACAGAAGAAAAGGGUUAUAGAGUCAUGGGUGAUGGUGGAUAAAAUGACAAACACGUUGGUAGAUGGAGAAGCGUUAGGGAGUACGGACAUGGAGAAGAUGAAGAAUCUGGAAGCUGACACGUGUCCAGGGCUCAUAUCGGACGGCUUAGAUAGGGUUCAGUGGGUGAAUCUGGCGUAUAGGAGAAUGGUUGAUCCUCUAGAAGGUUCUGGAACGCCGCCGGAGCUGGUGACGUGGUUGGUAGUGAAGGAGAAAAUAAAUUUGCCUUCUUCUUUGCCAGCUUUUGCAUGCACUGUAAGGAUACUGUAUAUGAAGCACUCACAGACAAUGCCGUGUGAUGUGUGGAAGAUGGAUUUUGGAGGAUUAUUUGCAUGGAGAUUUGAUGCUAAAGCUGCACUUAGUUUGGGUCGUUGAAGAAAUUCAAAACCCUCUUCAAUUCCUGCAGCAAUAAGGGAUAAUCAAAAGCUAGCAGGUAAUUAUAUUUUAUAGUAUAUCUCAGCCAAAAUCAUGGCGCCCUAAUGCAAAAUAAUGAUUGGUAAAAUUUGUGCUUCUUUUGCGCAUAAGGAUGCACUUCUUGUUUAAAUCUCUACUUAUAAUUGUAAAAAGAUAUUGUUGAAAUCGUGAAUUGUGAAAUUGACUAGCUUUCUGUUAAUUUCAA